AUGCCCGGUUGCGAAGCUCUCCGGUCCCUGAGACUGUUGUCGCGCAGCUCAGGUGCUCUUUUGGCUGGAUCCGAGAAUGUCACGCGACGAUGCCUUACUCGAUCUAUGGCCACAGAGGCUCAAGCCAAUGCCUCUUCGACUCCCUCCGCGCCCGCUCCCUGGGACCUCCCUGUCUCCGUCAUGACCUACAACUUCCCUUCUAUGGAACCCGCUCGCUUGGUGGAAUACUCCCAAAAACAACUUCAGAUGCCGAUUCGGAAAGAUCUUCUUCACCGCGCAAUUGUAUACGAGGGUGACAUGACCCGCCAGGGUACCGCCAGCACCAAGUGGAGAGACGAUGUGCACGGUAGCCACAGGAAACUCAUUCAACAGAAGGGAUCCGGACGUGCCCGUGUGGGUGACAAGCAGUCACCGAUUCGAAGGGGUGGUGGUGUUGCCCACGGUCCCCACCCUCGUGAUUUCUCGACCGGACUGCCCGCCAAAGUCUACGAUCAAGCCUGGCGCACAGCUCUCAGCUACCGAUUCUCGCGCGGAGAAUUGAUCGUUAUUGACAAUACGAUUUCUCUACCCCGUGACUCCACACCAUUCUUGAUGCAGAACAUUCUCCUGGCGAACGGCUGGGGUACCAAGAACGGUCGAUCGACAUUUAUCACAGACAAGGUGGACGAGGAGUUGUUUGACAAGGUGUCAAAGAUGCACCGCUACGCGACUAUUAUGGACCGCAGUGAUGUGGAUGUUAAGAAUCUGUUGGAGACCUCGCGGUUGAUUAUUGAGAAGUCGGCGCUGAACCACAUUUUGAAGGAACACUCUCGGGAUUUGUUGAGCCGCCCAGCCAAGGCAUCCUACGUUUGA